GCGGGGCGGAGGAGGGGCCGAGGCGGGAGAGUCCGUCCCGGCUCGGCCGAUGGAAGCCGCCCCCGGGGCCCGGAGCCUCGGCCUGGAGCCCCUCUCCUAGCUGGGACAGGUUAACCUGGCCCGGAGCCUGCUCUGCUGCGGGUUUCUGAUUGAGAGGCUGCCCCGUCGCCCCUCUCUUCCCGGCCGCCCCCACCCUCAAAGGAGGAGAAAGCCGCCCACCCCCAAUAAGGAUGAAAAUAAGCACCCCCUCUCCUAGCCCCCCGCAGGAGGUGAAAACAGGAUCCAAGGAAGCCCUUCCACACCUGUGCCCCGAGGCGCACGGGAGCGAUCCCCUGCAUCUGGGAGCCUUUGGUAGAAACAUGGGGUUGCGGCUGGCCCUGCUGGCGGCCCUCCUGGUGGCUGCGGGGUUACUGGCUCCUCAGCCAGUAGCCUCCCAGGACAUGGACCAGGAGCCCUGCCAGGGUCAGGGGGAGCAGGACAAGGAUCAGCACCUCCAGCUAGACCCGGGCCGGGCUCUGCGGCUCUGCUGUGCCCAGGGCAACCGCAGCGGGCACUGGUACAGGGCGGGCAGCCGCCUUGCCGCCAGAGGCCGGGUGCGGGCCUGGCGCGGCUGGCUGGAGAUCGCGGCCCUGAGCGACGAGGACGCGGGGUCCUACCUGUGCCUGGCGCGGGGCACCAGGCUGGUGCUCUACAACAUCACCAUCUCCGUGGUUGAUUCCCUGGGCUCGGGGGAUGACGACGAGGACAGCGACGGCCCCCAAGGGGCGCUCCCAAGAGGCCGGGCCAGACUUCAUCAAGGCCCUUACUGGACGCACCCCCAGCGCAUGGACAAGAGGCUCUAUGCCGUCCCCGCCGGCAACACCGUCAAGUUCCGCUGUCCAGCCUCCGGGAAGCCCCUGCCCACCAUCCGCUGGCUGAAGAACGGGCGGGAUUUCAGGGGCGAACAUCGCAUCGGGGGCAUCCGGCUCCGCCACCAGCACUGGAGCCUGGUCAUGGAGAGCGUUGUGCCCUCCGACCGAGGCAACUACACCUGCCUGGUGGAGAACACCUUUGGCAGGAUCCACUACAGCUACCUGCUGGACGUAUUGGAGAGGUCCCCGCACCGGCCCAUCCUGCAGGCCGGUCUCCCCGCAAACACCACGGCGGUGGUGGGCAGCGACGUCGAGUUCUUCUGCAAGGUGUACAGCGAUGCCCAGCCCCACAUACAGUGGCUGAAGCACAUAGAGGUGAACGGCAGCAGCUUCGCGGCAGACGGGGUCCCCUACGUGCAGGUCCUCAAGACGGCCGACAUCAACAGCUCAGAGGUAGAGGUUUUGUACCUGCGCAAUGUCUCGGCUGAGGACGCUGGCGAAUACACCUGUCUGGCGGGCAACUCCAUCGGCCUUUCGUAUCAGUCCGCUUGGCUAACUGUGAUCCCAGAGGAGGAGCUGCUGAGGGAUGCGGCGGGCCCAGAGGUCAAGUACACGGACAUCAUCAUCUACACGUCUGGCUCGCUGGCCGUGGCCAUGGUGGUGGUCAUCGUGGCCCUGUGCCGCAUGCAGUCACAGGCCGGCAAGCCGUCCCGUGAGCCUCUGGCUGUACACAAGCUCUCCCGGUUCCCUCUCAUCAGACAGUUCUCUCUGGAGUCCAGCUCCUCGGGGAUGUCCAGCACCUCCUUGAUGCGGGUCCCCCGCCUGUCCUCCAGCUGCACCCCCAUGCUGGCCGGCCUCGUGGAGCUGGACCUGCCCCUGGAUGCCAAAUGGGAGUUCCCCAGGGACAGGCUGGCUCUGGGGAAGCCCCUGGGCGAGGGCUGCUUCGGGCAGGUGGUGCGGGCCGAGGCCUACGGCAUCGACCGGGAUCGGCCGGACAAGGUGGAAACUGUGGCCGUGAAGAUGCUGAAAGACAAUGCCUCGGACAAGGACCUGGCCGACCUCAUCUCUGAGAUGGAGAUGAUGAAGCUGAUGGAUCAGCACAAAAACAUCAUCAACUUGCUGGGGGUCUGCACCCAGGAAGGACCAUUGUACGUGAUCGUGGAGUGUGCCGCCAAGGGCAGCCUGCGGGAAUACCUGCGGGCCCGCCGGCCCCCUGGCCCAGACUCCCCCUUCGCUGCCGUCGCUGCCAGGGUACCCGAGGAGCAGCUGUCCUUCCAGGACCUGGUCUCCUGUGCCUACCAGGUGGCCCGCGGCAUGGAGUACCUCGAGUCCAAGAAGUGUAUCCACCGUGACCUGGCCGCUCGCAACGUGCUGGUCACCGAGGACAACGUGAUGAAGAUUGCAGACUUUGGCCUGGCCAGGGGCGUCCACGACAUUGACUACUACAAGAAAACCAGCAACGGCCGCCUACCAGUGAAGUGGAUGGCCCCAGAGGCUCUGUUUGACCGCGUCUACACCCACCAGAGUGAUGUGUGGUCCUUUGGGAUCCUGAUGUGGGAGAUCUUCACCCUGGGGGGGUCCCCGUACCCCGGCAUCCCGGUGGAGGAGCUCUUCAAGCUGCUGAAGGAAGGGCACCGCAUGGACCGGCCAUCCAACUGCACCCAUGAGCUGUACCUGCUGAUGCGAGAAUGCUGGCAUGCCGCCCCGUCCCAGAGACCCACCUUCAAGCAGCUGGUGGAAGCCCUGGACAAGAUCCUGAUGGCCGUCGCCGAGGAGUACCUGGACCUCUCGACGCCCUUUGAGCAGUACUCCCCGUCUGGCGAAGAUACCAGCAGCACCUGUUCCUCCAACGACUCCGUCUUCACUCAUGAGACCUCGGCCCCCUGCCCCUUUGCUUAUCACAACGUGCGGACUUGACUUGGGGGGAGGGGUAGGAGGAGAGACGGUUGGGCCCCCCCCGCCCCACAGGUCAGCCUGGGGGUGGGGGGGUAG